GGCCAAUUAGCCUUCUACCAUGUUUAGGAAAACUGUAUGAAAAAUGUUUCCUGAUCUAUCUAAGAAAGUGGAUGACAGAUAACAACAUUUUACCUAGCGAACAGUCAGGAUUUCGGUCAGCACAUUCAACUACCACUAGAUUUACACAAUUUAUUCAGGAUGUUAGCACAUCAUUACAACAACACACCGCAGCACUCGUCUUAUACAUUGAUUUUUCAAAAGCAUUUGAUCAGUUGUGGAGACGUGGCUUGAUUUAUAAAUUGCACAAACUAAGAUGUCCAAAAGAAUUGCUACAAUUCAUCAUUGAAUAUUUAGACAACAGAACAUGCCAAAUAGAAAUAAACGGCCUGCUGUCUGCUGUAUUUGAUGUAGACAGAGGGGUACCACAAGGAAGUGUUUUAGGCCCCGUUUUGUUUCUACUAUUCCAUGCUGAUAUGCCGACAGAAAUUCCAUCAGCACAACAUACCCAUAUGUAUGCAGAUGAUGUAGCAUUAGUUAUUGAUGCAUCACCAUGGUGGAAAAGUACAGAAGUGAUAACAAAUAUUCAAAAAAUUGCACAACAAACGUUAAAUGAAUUGCAAAAAUAUUCAUCCAGAUGGAAACAACCAAUAAAUUACAUAAAAACAGAAUAUCAGUGGAUUCACAAACGUAUAACAAUUUCAUCAAUUGUAUUAUUAAUAGAUCAACAUGAACUUGCAAGAACAAACUUAUUCAAAUAUCUUGGUUAUUAUAUUGAUCAAAAAUUGUCAUUCAAUAAACAUGUUCAAAAUAUAUUGACGAAAAUAAAAACCAACACACCAAUGAUAACAUAUGUAGCACAAUCAAAAACGUCAUCGUAUCAUGCCAGAACUUUAAUCUUCAAUGCUUAUGUACUACCAUAUUUCCAGCAGCUCUAUUCCAUUUAUCCGCUGUUACCUGAUUCCACAAAAGACAAAAUAGAAGCUAGAAACAGACAAGUAUACAGGGUAAUAAACCGAUGGUACGAUGCCACGAAUGAUGAAAUCAAAUUGACGCACAGGUUCGAAACAAUUACUGACCGUGCAAAAAAAAUUUUACGCAACUUCAUAAACAAAGCACACACAGUUAUUCCAGAACUAUUUGAAAAAUACACACAAUCGGGAUCAAUGCAAAUGUAUUUACAAAUGCACAAUCAAUCUCCCUUUAUUCAAUAUCUCAACGUAGGAAGACAAAGUGCAACUGUGAAAAGAUGGCUAGAUCAAGAGGACAGAUAUCUUGACAAACUAAUGUCAUUUAUUCAAGACUAA